GGAGGGAUCAUGCUUCUGCUCAGCUUCUAAUUAUAUACGCAUAACUCGAUUCAGCUGCAGACUGGCAGACAGAUAGAUCAGUGCGUUAUGCAUUGUUGUUGGGGUUGUGUAUGAUCGACCCUGGCUGUUGGGGUGAGUGGUGGUUAUUUUAAGCUGGAGGAGGAUUGCUGGCUGACACCGUGAUGGUAUAGUAACAUUCGGUCACGUGCAACUCCGUCGGCUCAGUGUAACCCAGAGCUAAUGCUGCCUUUUGACUGAGAGGACAGCUGCUGGACUGUCAGGGCCCGUGGGAGCCUGCAUGGUUUUUCUGCUUUUGCCUUGCCUGAAGUGUUUGGGAUGUGUCAUUCACUUUGUGCGUGCAUGUGUUCAAAUCAACUGGACUCACUCUUCGAACAAAGGAUGUGGGGAAACAAGUGAAAUACCUUCACAGAUUCUCACGCAGCUGCCUGAAGGCUUCAGAUCUCUGAAGGUAUGAUGAAGGAUCCAUACCUCUCGGCUGUCUGAGGGUUUCAGCUUCAGCUGGACAGGUGUAGGCAGAGAUAAAGGAGUGGACCUGAUGUCCUCUGGCCUCUCUUUCCUAGGAUUCAGGUUUGGCUGAUGGACACAGAGAAGGGCUAGAAACACCCAUAAUUUAGUUGAUGUUUACCUUUUUUAUCUACCUUUACCUUUUUAAACUGAUGAACUCAGAUUUAAUGUGUUUUCUUUAAAUAAAAUGAGUCAUUUCUGACCUCUUGGUUAGGUGACUGGGCUCCGACCUUCAUUGUUACUCAUGAAAUAGUGCCCUCCAAAGGUAUUCACACCCUGGAUCACAUUACAACUACAACAAAAUGUAUUUUUUAAACAAAGCAAAACGACUGCUUUGAAGUCAAAGGUAAAGUACAAAAAGUAGGAAAUAUAUAAAUCAGAGAGGUUUUAAGUUCAGGUUGAAUGGAAAGUAUCUGUGACCAUCAGAUUUCAAAUCCUUCCACAGUUUCUUAAUUGGACUUUAGUUGGGACUCCAGCACACGGUUUGAGCUAAAUCAUUCUUUGUAUCUAUAGCAAUGUGUUUAAAUUGGUCAUUGUCCAGGAAGGUGAACCUUUGUCCUGGUUUCAGUCUGUUGCAGCCAAGCAGGUUUUCUUCUAUUUAGCUCAACUCAUCUUCACAUAAACCCAGAGCAUCAUUCCUGUCUCAUCGGGAUUAAACAUCCCCACAGGAUGAAGGACCAUACUCCAAAGGGAGCAAAGAGACAACUGACCAAUCGCAUUCCUCCCGGGGACGAAGCCUUUCAGAGGAGUAUCGAGGAGUGACCACGGUGGAGCUGAUGAAAAGGGAAGGCAGCAGCCUUGGCCUCACCAUCUCCGGAGGCUCUGAUAAAGAUGGCAAGCCCAGAGUGUCAAACCUUCGGCCAGGUGGGCUGGCUGCCAGGAGCGACCAGCUGAAUGUGGGCGACUACAUCAAGUCAGUGAAUGGCAUCAACUUGUCAAAGCUCCGGCACGAUGAAAUCAUUAGCCUACUGAAGAACAUCGGGGAGCGAGUCAUCCUGGAAGUGGAGUAUGAGCUGCCUGCAUAUGUCCAGAGUCCGUCAGGAGUCAUAACUAAAACCAUAGAGGUGUUUUUACACAAGGAAGGAAACAGUUUUGGCUUUGUCAUGAGAGGAGGUUUCCAUGAAGACUGGCGAAGGUCUCGUCCUUUGGUGGUUACCAGCGUCCGGCCCGGGGGUCCAGCCGACAGAGAGGGCAUGCUAAAGGCCGGAGACCGGAUUUUAAGCAUAGAUGGGAUGCCUUUGAACAGAGAGAGGCAUGCUGAUGCGUUGACUAUGCUGAUGCAGAGCGGCCAGGAAGCUCUGUUCCUGAUCGAGUAUGACGUUUCUGUCAUGGAGGCAGUGCAGCAGGCCUCGGGCCCUCUGCUGGUGGAAAUAGUGAAAGGUCCUUCUGCCAGCCUGGGGAUCAGCCUCACAACCACAACAUACAGAAACAAGCAAGUCAUCAUUAUUGACAAGAUAAAGCCAGCAAGUGUGGCGGAAAGAUGUGGAGCGCUUCAUGUCGGAGACAUCCUGCUGUCCAUAGAUGGCACAAACACUGAGCACUGCUCCCUGAUGGAGGCAACGCAACUGCUGGCCAGCACCUCAGAGAAUCUCAAACUCGAGAUUCUUCCAGCCAGUCAGAGCAGACUUCCCAUCAGGCCACAAGACACAGUUAAAGUACAGAAAAGCAACUAUCAUCACUGGGACCAAAGCAGCAACUACUGCCAACCCCCACACGCCAGCCACAGCAAGACAUGGAGCAGCCCGAGCCACCCACACAACCAGCAGGACCACUGCAAGUCAGCUGUGAGCGCCGGCUUCUCCCCUUCAUCCACAGCCACCUCCGGCUUCAGCAGCCAAGGUAGCAACACUCUGCCCUGCCCCAUUGCCCCCGUUGCCCCCGCGACCCCCCGCAGUGCCACUGGGAGGAGAAGGAACAGGAAGAAGGACCACAAGAGCUCAUUGUCCCUGUCCUCCAGCUCUGUUGGUCCUGGGGGGCAGAUUUUCCAUGUGGAAACGAGUGAAGUCCUCCUGAGGGGGGACCCACUAACUGGUUUUGGGAUCCAGCUGCAGGGCGGCGUGUUUGCCACAGAAACGCUGUCUGCACCCCCGGUCAUCCGCUUUAUAGAGCCCGACAGCCCCGCUGAGAGGUGUGGACUGCUGCAAGUUGGAGACAGAGUGUUGUCCAUCAAUGGGAUCCCGACUGAAGAUGGCACUCUGGAAGAAGCUCAUCAGCUGCUCAGAGAUUCUGCUCUGGCAAACAAAGUUACAGUGGAGGUUGAGUUUGAUGUUGCAGAGUCUGUUGUUCCAAGCAGUGGCACAUUCCACGUCAAACUACCGAAGCGGAGAGGAGUGGAGCUGGGCAUCACCAUCAGCGCAAGUAAGAAACCUGGCAAGCCCCUCAUCAUCUCAGACAUCAGGAAAGGAAGCAUAGCACACAGAACAGGCACUCUGGAGCCCGGGGACCGGCUGCUGGCCAUCGACUCUGUACGCCUGGAGAACUGCACCAUGGAGGACGCCAUGCAUGUCUUGGAGCAGGCCGAAGACAUGGUCAAACUGCGGAUCCAGAAGGACGAGGACAACAUUGAUGAGCUGGAGAUGUCAGGCUCCAUAAUCUACACAGUUGAGCUGAAGAGGUUUAAUGGACCCCUGGGCAUCACAAUAUCUGGCACAGAGGAACCUUUCGACCCCAUCGUCAUUUCUGGCCUUACCAAGAAAGGUCUGGCAGAAAGAACCGGGGCCAUCCACAUAGGAGACAGAGUUCUGGCCAUCAACGGGGUCAGCCUUAAAGGGAAGCCUCUGAGCGAGGCCAUCCAUCUACUGCAGAUGGCUGGGGAGUCCGUCACCCUCAAAAUCAAAAAACAAGCUGACCAGUCGGAUUGUCGGCGGUUGGCAGACAGAGAAGGCGGCUUUCUAAGCGAUCCAGAGGAUGAACUAACAGACUUCCAAAAAACCAGCAAACUCUCAGAGGUCUACUCAGCCAAUGUUCCCAGCAUAGACUCGGCCAUGAGCUCCUGGGACAGUGCGGCGUUUGAUGCAGGCUACAUUAGCCAAGGGCUAUAUCUGCAUAAAACGUCCGAUUUCCUCCUGAAUCCACUUGACUGGAGGCGCCCGAAGCACAGAAGCCACACACCCUCCAGCUCUGGGGGUUUGGGACUGCAAGCAGGGCUGUAUGAUGGAGGAUUCACUGAGGAUGAGUGGGACAAGAUACCUGGAUUCGUCAGCCCCCCUCGCUGCCGUGGCACGUUGAACAAGGACGACAGCUUCUGGUCCCAGGCUCUACAGGACCUCGAGACCUGUGGCCAGUCUGGGAUUCUCAGGGAACUAGAAGCCUCUAUGACAGGCAGCACUCUGAGUCUGUACCUGGAGGAGACCAAGACCAGUGAAGACUCAGUGUUGCUCUCUAAGAUUAGUCCAAUAAAGACGGAAGGAAUCCACAGCGGGUCUACAAAUAAAAGCCUGAACAUGUCGACAGGGGCCAGAGAUGGAUCAUCCAGGGCCAAAGGGGACCCCUCUGACAUUCUGUCCCCUUCAUCCCUGGCACUGCAGAAGGUCUCUCUUAGGAAGGAUCCUGAGAGCCAUGACUUUGGUUUCAGUGUAUCAGAUGGGCUCUUGGAAAAAGGAGUUUAUGUCAACAUGAUUAGGCCAGACGGCCCAGCUGAACAAGUUGGUCUGAAACCUUACGACCGGAUACUUCAGGUGAACCGUGUGAGGACCAGGGACUUGGACUGUUGUCUCACUGUGCCUCUAAUUAUGGAGGCCGGAGACUGCCUGGAUCUGGUCAUUAGCAGGAAUCCACUGGCAGCCGUUUACACGGAGCUGCCCAACAACUGUGACGACCCCGCGAGCUCGCUUCUCUGCUUCGCCAACUACAGGACCAACAGCAUCGCCCUGUGAACACGGGGAUGAAAGUGGAACACGGCAGCGCUGGGAUCUCACACAUGCAACACACGUGGUUCAGUUUGUCACAUUGUAGCUCUCUGAUGGACCUUUACGCUCGUGUUCUUCACACAGGAACAACCACACUCUGCCUCAGAGCAUCUCUCUCUCUCUCAACAUUACACGACUGUUGCUUUUGGUCACUGCUGUGUUCAGAUGAUUUAGUUCUGUGGAGACCGAGCCUUCAGAACAGAGUCCCCUAUCACUCUUUCCCCUCACUCCCCUCCUCGCCAGUGGCGGAGCCACGUGGAGGGUUAUAUAACAGAAGAGUCAUUGCUUCUGACGGGGGCCAGGAUGUCAACGCACAUGUCUUCACUCUGCAGGAUCGCAUAAUGUGCACACUCACAGCUAAAGAUCUAAUAUAUUUUAACAUUCCUGUUGCCACUGGUUUUAUUGUACACAAGGAAUGCUUUGGUUUAUGUGAAUGGAAAGCACUAACAGAGACACCAGGUGUUGGUGAGAUCAAGGAACAUUGCACUUAUUUGAGUAAUUUCAGCCAUGAGUUGGCUCACUGUCUUAGUUUCUGGCCUCUGCCCAGCACUGGCUGCCCUAAAAAGCAGAUGAGCCCCCGAAUAGUCUUGAGCACUCCCUGAAACCUGCCAACAACUUUAGAUUUUAAUGCCACAAAAACACUUGAGGUCAAUUAAACCUGUUGAUGACACUUGAAUUAUGAUAAUGCUCUGAUUUGUUACAGAGAUGUUUGUGUGCACAAAUGAUUUCUUUUAAUGUCCACUUUUUUUCUUUUUUUUUCAAUAUUUGCUUUUGUCACACAUUUACAAAGAUGUGGGUCGUGUUCAUUUUGCACAUGUUCAAACACUGUUUCUCCAUGUUUACUUUUGCUUUUGUUUUUUUUGAAAGAGUUCAAAUUCAAUGAAACCUUUCUGCACAAUCUGCUCUUUCUAGCACGAAACUGAGGAUGCACGCUGUAUGCAAAUCCUUCACAUUUUCUGUGUUCUUUGAGGGAACUUUGUGAGAGUGCACUUUUUUAAUUUAAAAGUAGGGUGUGGCAAUUCCUUCUUUUCGUAAUAAAACGAACGCACCGAUCUGAAAGAUUACCUUAAGUAAUCAUGUGGUGGCUGGUGUGAAUAUGAUGGUGUCCCAUUUGUAGCAGCCUUGGAGGCAAAUUUAUAGUUGGGUCAGCUUGCUUCAGACUUCUCAUGAAAUUUCAUUCAACGUCGAGGCCCGUUUUAAAGGUCUUAGUAUUGCAACCUUUUUGUAAACUGUAUAAGGCAUUAUGGUGUGCAGUGUCUUUUUUUUUCUUCAGUAAAGGCCUAUAAUGUUUUAGGAUCUUUGUGCAAGCAAACCUGAAUGUGUUUCUGUACUUUUAGUUUUUUUAUUUCCAAAUCUGUGAAUUUGUAUGUUUUUGGUCAAAAUGACCACUAAUAUUUAUUGGAUUUUAAUUUAGCAAGCAGUCCAGUUUUUUUAUUGUAAUAAAAGUUAUAAAACUGUAAUGUGUCCAACUUUUAGAAAGUGUA